AUGAACUUCAGUGUACAAAGCAACGUGUCUUCAGUUGUGGCGAGGGACAAUUUCCAGACAGCCCUGACCAAGAAUGUGAUUGUCGUGGCCCUGUACAUCUCCAUCAACUACAUCAACGGCACCAUGGUCGUCACCUUCUUACGGCACGAGAUCUUCAGCGAGACCCCGCGGUACAUACUAUUCAUCCACAUGGUGCUUAAUGACAUGAUCCAGCUGACCAUCACGGUAGCACUGCACGUGAUCAGCUACACCUUGUUCACCAUCAACACAUCUCUGUGCUGCUUCCUCCUCAUAGCCGCCAUCUUCUCCGCAUUCAACAACCCUCUGAACUUGGCCGGUAUGGCCAUAGAGUGCUACGUGGCUGUCUGUCACCCCUUGCGCCACUCGCAGAUCUGUACAGCGAGAAGAACCUACAUGCUCAUUGGUCUGACCUUGGUGCUAGGGGCCAUUCCCAUUAUGUCAGACCUCUUCAUAGUGCUGGCCACAGAGCCCCCGCAGUUCUUCCGCUCCUCCGUCUUCUGCAUCCGAGAAAAUGUGUUCCGUCAUCCUCAUUUGCAGCAGAAAAAGGAGGUUUCUUAUGUCCUCUAUCUGACUUUUGUGUGGCUUAUCCUGGUUUACGCUUACCUCAGGAUCCUGUUUGCCGCAAAAGCAGUGAAAUCAGAUGCGAAAAAAGCUCAAAACACCAUCAUGUUGCAUGCUGUUCAGCUUUUAAUGUCUAUGUUAACAUACUGGGGUCAUUUCAUGUACACCUUUCUGAUGUAUGCGUUUCCUAUGUAUAUACUGGAAGUACGGUUUUUUCACUAUGUCACAAUUUACAUUUUACCAAGAUUACUCAGCCCCAUUAUUUAUGGCUUUAGAGAUCAGGCCUUCUGUAAGUAUUUAAUGAAAUACUUGCUUUGUAAAAGGAAUGAAGUUGGCCAUCACAGAACGCUAACCUUGCACAUUACAAUCGGUGCUCAGAAAAUACAGCCAUCGCUCUAA